AUGGCUCCUUCUCCUUUGCAUCCUAAAGCUUCACGCCAUGCUCGUUCCAUCAGUUUGCCCUCCAGAUCUCAUCCUCUGACUCUUCAAGUUGAGGGGCAAUUGCACAGGUUGAGGGCUUCAGAAGCCACCUCGUCAUCAUCAAUAUGCUACAACUUGGGUGGCCUCAAAGAUUUAUAUGAUAGCAUCAAUGAUUUGCUUCAUUUGCCACAGACCCAACAAGCAUUAGCCCAAGAAAGAGGAGAGAAAUGGGUUGAUGAGGUGUUGGAUGGAUCUCUCAGGUCGUUGGAUGUGUGUGGUACAGCAAGGGAUGUUCUUUCACAGCUGAAAGAAUGUGUUGCAGAGCUUCAAUCUUCCCUCCGUAGGAUAAGAGGUGAAUCUAGUCUAGCAAAUGAAGUUGAAGCAUUCAACAUGUCCAGGAAGAAGGUGACUAAGGUGAUCAGCAAGUGCCUUGGAGAUCUAAGAAAAGUACAGAAGCACCGUACAUUUUCCUCUCUCUUAGACAAAAACCAUGACAUUGUUGCCAUGGUUGGUGUGCUAAGGGAAGUGGAAGCAAUCACCCUCUCCAUGUUCGACUCCCUGCUAUCUUUCAUUUCUGGGCCAAAGGCAAUGCAGAGGCCUAAUGGUUGGUCUUUGGUUUCCAAAUUGAUUAACAAGAAACGAGUUGCAAAUGAUGAAGUGAUGGAGAGAAGUGAAUUUGAGAAGAUGGAUGUCAUAUUGGGUGCCCUCCUUGGCUCCAAGACACACAAAGGUCUUGAGUUGAGACAUGUGGAAGCACAGAAGCAAUUGGAGACAAUGGAGUUGAGCAUCCAAGAUCUUGAGGAUGGAUUGGAAUGCAUCUUCCGGAGAUUGAUCAAAACCAGAGUCACGGUCCUCAACAUCCUCAACCAGUAG